GAAGCUUUAUAAAUAUAGGCUAAGUUCAAAAAAACAACCCCUCUCUCGUUUAUGAAAGCUUAAGAUCACUUUUACUCUUGUCGCAGAGCUUUCCGCUUCUCUUUCGCCUUCCGGUUUGUCUUGCCUGCCUCCAGCCCGGCCCACCUUCCUCAAAUAUGCAAACCUAUAGUAAACAGACACCUGGCACACCGAGCGAGCAGGUGGACAAUAAUCUCUUUUUACCGGUCGGUCGGCAGGUUAAAGUCACCUUGCGGAGAAGGGAGGGAGCCAGCCCUGAUCCACUCGGAGUUGUUCCUUGGCAAUUAUUCAUCGCAUUCCUGAGUGCCAGCGUGAUAUGGAAAAAUGCCCCACCGCGCUGAAGAAAGCGGGGUUCAGCCGUCGGAUAUGCCUCUGGCUGGCCGGCUGGCCCUCUCCGCCACGGCCUUGCUCUUGCUGAUGUUGGCAUACCGGUAUUUCAAGUCUCGAGUGCCCCCUGGCAGCACCCCAGCCGGGGCCGCGGAUGCCAAUGUCGUCAGGGCAGAGCAAAGAGAAUGGCAGGUUGGCAGCCAGGAAGAAAACAAGCAAGUGGCACUGAGGCACAGAGGAGAGCGGAGGAAGGAGACGGAGCCAUGCCACCCAGGGACCAAUCAGCUGGUGCAGGUGGGUAGAUGUGGAGUAACGGAAGCGUGUGGGCAGGCUCCGAUCCCUGCUGGCAGAGAGCUGCCUGGCACGAGAGAAACUGAGGCAGAAACUAAACAAGAGGCAGGGGAAGUGAGCCGUACGGAAUCCGGGGUGGAACAAGGGUGGAGAUCCGAAGACAAGGCUGGGGACACCUGUUGCACCAUCCAGAACUGCACUAGCAAAGCUGGGGCUGAUUUGGGCAAUUUAGAAGAUCAUUCCGGAACUGUAGGCCUACUCAACCGAGAGAGGGAACUCUGCAACCCGAUGGGGUCUGGCUGGGAUGUUGAUCCUGUUGAAGCUGAAUCUAGCUGUGCCAAGCCGGUGGAGAAGGAUGUCCAUCCCACAGGUGGGAGUGGCGUCGGUUUGAAAAGAGGAGAAGGUCAACCACUGGUAAAAGAGACCAAGAAACAAGUUGUAGAGAGGCGGGUUGGCCCAGAGAAGAUCCAGUCCUUCUAUGCCACUAGUGAUAUGGGCUUGGCCAUCAACCACAGCCAUGUGCAGUCUCAUGUGGCUUAUGCGUUCUCCUCUGUGGCCAAAGUUGAGGUGGAGGAGAACUUCAUCAAAGAGAAGCAAAGUUCUGGGAAAGCUGAAGACACUCAACUGAGAGGCAAAGUCUACAACUAUUAUGUUGAGUCUACUUCUCAAUCCAUUAUGAAUAAAACCACCUGUGGUACCAACCUGGAUCUCCAACGAUCCUGCAACCUCUCUACUAUCAACAUACUUAAUGUAUCCAAGAAAUGUUGGGCUGAGGAACCUGUCUGCUCGUUGGUGACCAAAGCUGAAGCCAACAAGCUUGUUUUGGAGAAGGUUCCAGACAUAUCUUCUAAUGUUCUCCUUAGUCCUGCAAAGGACACCCAACCUAAGGACCAAAGAGAGACAGUUGCUGUUGAAGAAGCCAUCUCCUCGAAACCUCUGCUGGGCAGACAUAGCAUCAGCCGAAAAGAAAGCUUCAAAAAAAUUGUAGAUAAUCCAGAAUUACAGGUGCCGAUGGAAGGUUUUGGUUCUCCAGGAACUGGGUCCUCAAGUGGCCACACCUCACCUCCGGCUCUUCUUCACUUGGACUCUACUUCAUCUCUGGUGAGAUCCAUGCAAAAUCUCCUGAGCAGUGGAAGAGAAGAGCCAUCGGUGGAGCUUGUGGCUGGUGCUAAUUUUUUCCAUGUCCCACUAAGUUCAGACUCCUCUCUGGAUGUACACUUAGAUCUGGGGAACUGCUACCAGGUCUUGUGCAUGGCCAAGAAGCAGAAACUUAAGGACCUGCAAGAGGCGGUCUACAAGGUCAUGAGUGACAACUAUCUCCAAGUGCUGAAGACCCAGGCCAUCUACCGCCAGCUCAACGCUGCAGAGAGGGACUUGAUCCUGGAGAAGAGGAUGCGAGGCAAGAAAUACAUGACAGUGGCAGAUGUUGGAUGCCACACAAGUGGAUUUUCUUACUACGAUGACCAGAAGGAUGCUUGGCAUUCAUUAACCCAUAUCCCUGUUGAAGCCAUCUCCAAGGGUUGUGCCAUCUGCAGCAUGUUCAACUACCUCUUUGUCGUGGCUGGCUGUGAAGGGUUUGGAAGGUAUCAGAAACCAUCCAACCGGGUCUUCUGCUACAACCCCUUGACCGACAUCUGGCAGGAGAUCUGUCCCCUCAACCAAGCCAGACCCCACUGUAAGCUGGUGGCCCUGGAUGGUUGCCUCUACGCCAUUGGCGGAGAAUGCCUCUAUACGGUGGAACGGUACGACCCACGCCUGGAUCGUUGGACGUUUGCGGCCCCUCUGCCCAACGACACCUUUGCUGUGGCCCACACCGCCACCGUCUGCGACGGGGAGAUCUGUGUCACGGGAGGCACCUUGAAAUACAUGCUGCUGAGGUACGUCAGACGGACGGACACCUGGAAAGUCAGCCUCACUGGAGGAAGUCAGGACAGGACAACCGAGAUGGUGACCGUCAACGGCUUCAUCUACCGCUUUGACCUCAACCAGAGGAUGGGCAUCGGUGUCUAUCGCUGUAGUGCCAAGGCCAAGCUGUGGUAUGAGUGUGCCACCCACCCAAUGUCCUUCCCAUCUUGCUUCCAGUGUGCCGUCGUCGGAAAUCUGGUCUAUUGCGUGAACCGGCAGUUCAACCUCCGUUUCCUAGCGGACUUGGUGUCUCCACGGUUUGGAAGCAAAGAGCUGAGAAAUUUCCCUUCCCCAAGGGGAGCCCUUAUCCCAGUUACUCUCAUGUUGCCCGAGGGGUACAAAGCAUCUCAAACAAGGGUUUGAGUGGCCGGUACAAGCUGCUUUAUUGGAAUAACAAGGCAAACUUACUUCUUGUAGCUUCACCGAGGACGUUGGUCUCCUCGUUUGCCUCCCUGCCCAUCAAGGAAAGUAGGACUGUAGGCAGGAUAGGUCUGUCUCUUCCUACCAAGACACCUAACAGAAUAAUGGUUGGAAGGGACCCUGGAGAUCUUCUAGACCAACUUAAUCCUUGCAUACAAAUUAACCAUAGACUUUGAGGUCUCAGCAUUCAGAGGCGAGUGCAAAUUUAAGCCAAUUCCAUAAAACCGGGAUGGUGGCCCUCCAUACCGCCUUAUCUCCUGCUGGUCUAUGGAUUUAAGAUCAAGUCCUUCUGUGAUCUCCAGUUGGGAUCCAUCUUGAGAUCUUAGUGACUGACCCAUUGCCUUGGGAUAGGGGAAGGGGAAUAAGGAUCAGUGUAGAUCAGAGCAGAUAACCCAUGAUCUAUCCGUGAAGGGUCUCCAGAAAGCCCAUCAUCCAGGCACAAUCACAAUAAUAUUUCCCCAUGUGCUAUCUCCAGCAGCUGCUAAUUGGAGGUAGAGUGCCUCUAGUUUUGGAGGCUCCAUCCCAAAUCACAACCCUCUUUCCUUCCAUAAACUUGCUUAAUCUCCUUUUUAUAGUGUUCUAGGCUGGUCAAGCUCUUAAUGGUUCAUUGCUGAUGAACUUUUUUCCCCC